CCACUAGUGAGCUCAAACCAAAACGAGAGGACCAAACCAAACUCAAACACAUAUCUCCGCUCCGCGUUCUGUAUAUUUGAAUUCACUCUCUCCACACACAUACACAAACACAACAUGGCCGUCGUUGGUGUUCUCGCUUUACAGGGAUCUUUCAACGAACACAUAGCAGCUCUCAGAAGAUUAGGUGUUAAAGGCGUUGAGAUUCGAAAACCUGAACAGCUUCUCACCGUUAAUUCGUUAAUCAUCCCUGGUGGUGAAAGUACCACCAUGGCUAAACUCGCUGAGGCUUUCAACCUGUUUCCGGCUUUGCGAGAGUUUGUGCAAAUGGGAAAGCCAGUUUGGGGAACCUGUGCAGGACUAAUUUUCCUGGCUAAUAAAGCUACAGGACAGAAGACUGGUGGACAAGAACUUGUUGGUGGACUUGAUUGUACUGUACACAGAAAUUUCUUUGGCAGCCAGAUUCAAAGCUUUGAGACAGAGCUUCAAGUACCUGAGCUUGUGUCCAAGGAAGGGGGUCCUGAAACAUUCCGUGGAGUUUUUAUUCGUGCCCCAGGAAUUCUUAAUGUAGGGCCAGAUGUUCAAGUCCUAGCUGAUUAUUCUGUACCUUCUGACAAAGUACUGAGUUCUGAUUCCUCUGUAGAAGGCGAAAAGGAGAAUGCUGAAGAAGCUAACAAAGUUAUAGUUGCUGUGAGACAAGGGAACAUACUAGCAACUGCUUUUCAUCCUGAAUUGACAGCUGAUACUCGAUGGCAUAGUUAUUUCUUAAAGAUGGGAAGUUUGGUUGGAAAAGAGGCCUCAAGUAGCAUUGUUCCAGAACAAGUUGCACAAGUCGGUACAAGUUUUAAGCAACCAUCCCAGCACGAUCUUCCUAUCUUUCAGUAGACCAGAAACUCACUAUGACUUUGUUAAAAAAUUAUGAAUGCUUUAUUUUUUUUUUAAUUAAAUUUUUAGGUACCCAUGAUAAGUAAUUGGGUAUUGGUAUGCAAA